UCGAAAUGUUUCUUGUUUUCCGAGAAAAAAACAGAUUGGUUCACGGCGAAAGAAACUUGCGAACUGAAGGGCGCCUUUCUGGCUAAAGUCGAGAGUCAGGCGGAGAUGGACUUCAUGGAAUCAGUGAAACCAAAAGCGUUUUAUUGGAUGGGUAUAAACGACUUGGAAGUAGAGAAUAUAUUUAGAUGGUUGGACGGUACUAUGGUUCAAUGGUUCAAAUGGAGGCGGGAACAACCUAAUGGCGGAACAGAACAGAACUGUACAACCAUUGAUAACAAGUGGGAAUGGCAGGACAAAGAUUGUCAAAAUCUUUAUUAUUUCGUCUGUAACCCCAUUGAUGGUAAGAAUUGA